CAAAAAGUAUUCUCUGUCUCGCUCCUUUCUGAGCGGCCGGUUUGCAUUGACCACAAUUUCGACCGUUGUCCUUGAGAGUGUUCCAACAGCCAGGGGUUGCCCCCAAUUUUGGCGCACAGCUCUCGCCAGUAGUAAUCGCGAUGAUCGAGUACACGGAGCACUAUUUUCGCGGUCUGGAUCUGUGGUCGUUGGGCGUCGAUGAAGCAUUUCUCAACGUGUCACACCACGCACCAUCGGAGAGAGACCAUUAUCUCUACGCGUUGUCGGAGGAGUGUGAUAAGUGUCCAUUCACGAAAGUGCAACGAAUUCUAGCGGAGAGGCAGCAAACGGCAUUCAAAAUUGAUGCCUCGCGCCAAUUAAGCUUUCGAAUUCACGACCGAGAUGUGGGAAAGUAUUCGUACGAUAACGAUACCUACUUGUGCCAAUUGAACAACGUGCGAUUAGGCGAGUUCGGCGUCUACGAUUUUCGUAUCGCCGACGAUGGCAGUUGCACACUCGAAACGGCCAAGCAACCGGUGAACGUUUAUCUGCCCUUCCUAACGAUCGCUCUGAUCGCUGUGGCGAUAGCAGGGGUGGUCCGCUUGGUACAGUACGGUUUGAAGCGGACAAGAACCGCCCAUUCCAGUCAUCAACCAACGGCCAAUUCAUCAGCAGCCGCCGAAGAACGCACAGAUGGUGAUGAUGAUAAGCAGGAAGGGUUCACAGCCAGUGCGGCCCCUCCUUCUGUUGCUCCAGCCAAUGUCGCACGAAAGCGACUACAAAGCUUGGAUACGCUACGUGGCAUCGCCAUAAUGCUGAUGAUCUUCGUCAAUAGCGGUGGUGGCCACUACUGGUGGAUUGAGCAUGCGACCUGGAAUGGUUUACACGUGGCCGAUCUUGUCUUUCCUUGGUUUCUGUUCAUCAUGGGAGUCUGCAUACCGAUCUCACUGCGCGGUCAGUUAGCGCGAAACGUUUCGAAGCGACAGAUCGUGAGCUCAAUAACGACCCGCUCCAUCUCCCUAUUUCUGAUUGGCCUUUGUUUAAACUCCAUGAACGGUCCAAAUAUGGCCAAUUUGCGCAUCUUUGGAGUCCUGCAACGGUUCGGCGUGGCAUACUUUGUCGUCUCGCUGGUGCAUUUGUUCUGCCAUCGGGAGCAAAUAGCCUCGCAGCAUCGCUUCGUGCGGGCCAAUGUCGAUAUAAUACGUUUGGUACGCCAGUGGAUAAUCGUCGGGCUUCUCGUGGUGAUCUAUCUGGCAGUCAUUCUAUUAAUUCCCGCACCAGGAUGUCCCAGGGGAUAUUUUGGCCCUGGAGGCAAACAUCUGUUCAACGUAUACCCCAACUGUACCGGAGGCAUCACCGGUUACAUCGAUCGUGUGCUGCUCGGCAUGUCGCAUCUCUAUCAGCAUCCAACUGCCCGGUACGUGUACGAUGGUCAACCGUUCGACCCGGAAGGUCCCUUCGCCUGUCUUCCCACGAUCCUGCAGGUUUUCCUAGGGCUACAGUGUGGUUCUACCAUUCUUAGCUUUACCGGUCAUCAGCAGAGAUUGCAACGUUUCGCUGUUUGGUCGGUGGCACUAGGAUUAGUCGCCGGGGUGCUGUGUGGAUUCUCGAAGAACGACGGUUGGCUACCGGUGAACAAGAACCUUUGGUCACUCUCUUACGUGCUCGCCACGGCUUCUCUCGCCUAUCUGCUUCUGCUCAUUUGUUAUUACACGAUCGAUGUGAAACGGGUCUGGAAUGGGUAUCCCUUUCUUUAUGCUGGCAUGAACGCCAUUCUGCUGUACGUCGGCCAUACGGUGGCCCAUAAGAUGCUCCCCUGGCACUGGCGUAUCGGAACGAUGAACACGCAUCUGAUGCUAACACUGGAAGCACUCUGGAACACGGUGCUUUGGAAUCUUAUCGCACUGCACCUCUUCAAACGCAAGCGCUUCUACAAUCUCUAAAAUGUAUGCCACGCAUGGCGACAUUACCCAUUGUUACCUCUCGUUAUCAUUCCAUACUAAUUAUACUAAUAAAAUUCUU